UCUCAUACCAAAUUCACAAUUCCAUCACGGCAACAGGGGUCUUCAGACGAAGAGCUAAAUGAGACGUCAUCUGUGAUGCAGCAACCUAGAGUUUUACAUGGGUACAUAGACUAUCCGGUAAAAACUGAUAGCCCAACUCAAAUUGUAGAGAUCAGUACAGAAGCAUUCAAUAAAGAGAUUUAUGGGGAAGAGGUUACAUUGGAUACUGUCACUGGUGAAUUAGUACAGCCAUCAUCUGCUAGUCAAAUUGAAAUAAUACCUAUGCAGACUGUAUCAUUUCCAGAGUUAACAUCUGGGAACCAGUCAACUCAGUCUGUAUCUCUACCUGAAAUAUCAGCUGUAAACCAGUCUGUAAAAGAAGUAGCAGGUGCCCAGUCUGUGCAAGUAAAUGUUGACCAGUCUAUGGAGGAAAAUGGACAGACUGUGGCAGAGGGUUCUGACAAUGGCGGAACAAUAGUUUACUCAGGGUCAGAAGAAAGACACUCAGGGGAGGUCACUGUAUGGUCAGAGGGAGCACCAGUUGUCUCUUCUGACAGUAACGUGAUUAUGAGUACAUCAGAGGUUCAUGAAGAUGGUAUUCUACAUAUAGAUGGUCUAGACAACUCCCAGAUACCAGAAAAUGCCACUGUGACUGUAGAGAAGCUGGCGUCAGGAGGGGAAAUUGUUAUAAUGCAGAUUAAGGAAGCAGCUGUUUCUAAAACUUUAGAGAAAAUGAAAACGUCCAGGACAAGUAUUAAUGACCAUUUAGUUAAAAGUAUUGGAAGUAAAGCCCCGUCUGUAAUUCGGGCUUCUGUUGUAGGAAAAUCACUGCCCCAACCGUCUAAGAAGUAUCCGUACAAUGUCAGAAUCAACCCAAGCGUAAUGAAACUUCCGGAAGUGAAAGUUACACCAGUCCGUGCCUAUGAGAAAUCUGAGAUACAGGGUAGUGAGAAAAGUGAAAGCUCUGUUACAGUUGUUUCCAAGACGACCGGUACAAACACUGAAGAUAAUGAAGCAGAUAUGGAUGAUGAUGAAGAGGAAGAGGAAGGGAUAACAUUGGAAGAAAUUGGUAGAAAGAAGGAUGCACCUUAUCAGGAAUAUAUAGUGGUACGUUUGCCAGAAGGUUCUGAGGUGAAGCAGCUUCAACCUAGACCUAAAAAGGAGAAAACACCACUAGGGGAGGAAGUAACUAUGGAUACUGAUGGAAUGUAUUUCUGUGUCGACUGUGGACAUAAGACAGAAAAUAGAGGAAACUGGUUUAAACACAGGAGAAAACAUCUGGGUAUCCGCCCACAUGCCUGUCAUAAAUGUUCGUACAGGGCAGCUACAAGUAGUAAUUUAAAGAGACACAUGCAGAUUCAUGACGAUGUUCGUAACUUUCUCUGUGUCUACUGUAAUAUGUUGUUCCGUCAGAAAAUUCAUCUGGAGAGGCAUUUGAAAUAUAAACACGAGGAGAAGAAUGUACAGUGUCCUCUAUGUGACUAUGUAUGUUCAAGCGAAGACCCAGACCUUAAAAAUCAUAUAAAGAGGAGACAUAUGCCACAGGAAGGGGCCUUAAAUGCAUUCACCUGUGAUGUUUGUGGACUUAUGACUGUCAGUAAGAAAGAUUUGAAACAACACAAAAAGUUCCAUAAGAAUGGACCAGAAUUAAAACUGUUUUGCGAGCAUUGUAGUUUUGUAACAGACUGUGUAAGCCGAUUACGACGGCAUAUAUGUUAAUCACAUAAAAGAGAGAC